CGCCGCCGGCCUCCCUUCCUCCUGGGAAUCUUAACGCUGUAACACGCGGGGCUCCGUUUCCGCCGGAAAGGCCUGGGCCGGGGAGAGGAGGCCACGCUCAGUCGAGCCUCUUCGCUAAGCGGCUAAGGGGCGCCUCGAGGGAGAACGAGCGUUCCCGCGGGCAGAGAGAAGAGGCAGCGGCAGCCCGGCCACGAACGCUGCCGGGAUGUUGCGCGACGCGCCGCGGAGCCUGCUGGUGGCCGAACUGCUGCUCGCGUUCCGCGAUGAGGAGGAGGAGGAGGAGGAAGGCAGCCGCCGCCGCGCCGGCUCGAUCCUCUGCCUCUGCAGCCGCGUCUUCGUCGAGGAUCGGAAGCUAUACAAACUAGGCUUAAAGGGAUUUUAUUGCAAGGAGGAAGAGAACAGUACAGGAGAAGAUCAAGUAACUGAAGAUGAUGAAAAAAUAGAAAAACAUCAUAUCUGUUGUUGUAACGAUUUAUGUAGCAACGAUGCUGCUGGACUGGAAGAUAUUGAAAUAGAUUCAGAGACUGAACUCAUGAAGAGUAUGGGCUUGCCUGUACAGUUUGGCAGUCUGGAAAAGCAUAAGACUUUUGUGACAUUGGAGAAUGUUGGCAAGAGGCGUAACAAAGCAGUGAAGAAAAAGAAGAAAAAGAAAAAGAUGGUACAAAAAGAUAUUCUCAAAAUAAUGGAAGAGACUGUGGAAGAGGAUCAUGAUGAUGACGAUGAUAAUGACAGCCAGUCUGUUUCUGAUAAUGUGCCCUUAAUUAAAAAGGGAAUAAGGAGUGAUGUACACUGUGAAAAUGAAGUUUUGUUUGAUGAGCAUAUGAAAGAAAAAUGGGAAACAUAUUGGAACGAGUACGGAGAAGGACUCCUAUGGCAAAGUUGGCAAGAGAAACAGGGAAAUGUUGAUGCUGACCUUUUGUCUAUUGGUGAGCCUUGGAAUAAUCCUGAAUUGAAGGAAAAGUGGGAUGAACAUUAUAAGGAAUUGUACUGGUAUUAUUGGGAACAGUUUUGCUACUGGGCAAAUCAGGGCUGGACUGUUGACAGUACACAUAACAGUGGUGCAGAUACAAGUACGCUGGAAGUACAGCAAGCAGGAGAAACACAAAAUACUGGCGUAGAUGAAAUGCUGGACUCAAGAUUACAUCCUUCUCUCCCUUCUGUUGCCAUAUGUGAAGAAAAUCCUUUUCCAAAUGAUGGUCAGUGUGGUAAUGACAUCCUUACUGAAAUCAGCAAAAUAGAUCUGAAUUCUGAGCAAAGCAGAGCAGAAGACGUUGUUACUAAUGGUAAUCAAGGACUUAGUUUAACAAGCAUUGAAAGACACUGCCCUUGUGAUUCCAGGCACACCAAUAAAUCUGACGAGUCAAUAAGGGGAAAAAGUGUGUCUUCUGCAAACAGAUGCUCAAACCAGCCAGGAGAUUCACAAGGACCAGCUAGACCAUGUUCCAUAGGAGGUGGGGGAUCAGGCUCUAGCGAAGAUGAAGACGAGCAGCCACCUGAACAUAAAAAUGUCAAAUUGAAGAGGAGCCAUGAACUGGAUGCUGAAGAAGAUCCUCAGGCUGAUCCAGAAAAGGUUUGCUGUCUUCUGGGGCUCAAGCACGGCUCGGGGCAAAAAUACAGAGACAUUCCAGGAUUCAGUGAAAGACGAGUGACUCAUCUUAGUAAAAACAUGAAAUUUAAAUCAAAGUUUUUAGACAUGCGUAGAACAAUCAAAGCCAAAAACAAACAUACAUUUUUUACUGAAGAACCUGAAGUGUUGGUGUUCAAGAAGAGUGAGACUUUGAACAAGGUGGAAAGGUUCUUGAAAGAAGUGGAGGAGGACGAGACAUCUGAAGACAAAAUUCAUCAUGCUUCUACCAACAGCGAUUCAGAAGAUGAAGAAAAUGCCACUAGCUCACAAAAUAAUUUGGAUUUCCAGAACUCUGAUGUGAUAUCUCAGGGUUCAGAUUUUUGCAAACUUAGAAGAAACAGCCUUGAGAAUAAAGGCAAGGAAACCCUAGCAGUAGCAGGAAGCAACUGUAACUUUCAGAAGCCUGAUGAAGGAAGAGAAGAAUGUCCAUCGGGCAGAGAGCUUGUUCCCUUGGACAUUCCAGAUUACCUGCAAAUGGAAACAGAAGGUGAAGGAGGUACCACAAAGAAGAAGGAAAACAAGAAGACCAGGAGGAAGAAAAAGAGAAAUAAACCAUCUCUGCCUCCUGAAAUAGCUGCUGAUCCUGAGCUGGCUAAAUACUGGGCCCAGCGGUAUAGAUUGUUUUCUCGAUUUGAUGAGGGGAUUCAGCUAGACAGAGAGGGAUGGUUUUCCGUUACUCCUGAGAAGAUUGCAGAGCACAUUGCAGACCGUGUGCGGCACUCUUUCAAAUCAGACAUCAUAAUAGACGCAUUCUGUGGUGUGGGGGGAAAUGCUAUUCAGUUUGCCCUGACAGAAAAAAGAGUAAUUGCUAUUGAUAUUGAUCCUGGGAAGAUCUGCCUUGCUCAGAACAAUGCAGCAGUGUAUGGAGUAGCUGACAAGAUUGAAUUCAUAUGUGGAGACUUCAUGAAGGUCGCAUCCAGAUUAAAAGCAGAUGUCGUAUUUCUGAGUCCUCCUUGGGGUGGGCCUGAGUAUGCCACUGCAGAAGUCUUUGAUGUCCAGACCAUGAUUUCUCCUGAUGGAUUUGAGAUUUUCAAGGUCUCACAAAGGAUUACCAACAACAUAGUGUAUUUCCUUCCCCGCAAUGCUGAUGUAGAUCAGGUUGCUUCUUUAGCUGGACCAGGAGGGAAAGUUGAAAUAGAACAAAAUUUUCUGAACAACAGAUUGAAGACCAUAACUGCUUAUUUUGGCAACCUAAUCAGACAAGAUGUAUCUUGAUUUGUCCACGUGAGUGAGCUAGCUUACAGUGCAACAUAGAUGAUCCUGAAGUUUCAUCCUUUUACCAUUCAUUUAUUUCUAAAAUCGGUGACUGCUCUAAGAUACUUUGUUGUUGUUUGAAGAAAGAAAUGGUGCACCGUGCUUGUUGUGGAUACCAAUAAAAUAUUUUGUCAUAGAA